GCAGACACACUGAGACAGCUUUAAAGAGGUGGUGUUUAUAAAGUCACGCUUUUUUGCCGCACAAGGGUCAGUCAUUUGUCGCUGCCGUCGGCUUUGGCCUGCAGGAGUUGCCUGGAACAUUAACACCAACGCCAACCCUGGUGCAGAGUGUCAGAGGUACGUUAAGUUGAGGGAACUAAUGAAGGACCAGAAGCACGAGACUUACUGGCAGGAGACGGGUCGAUGGGUGGGCUACGAGGAAAGCUACGACCCUCAGGCUGGGGUGUGGGCGUUCUCAGAAAUCUCCUACCUCACCUUCAAGAGCCUCAUCCAGCUCCGACGUGCCAUGAACACAGGUGUGACCAUUUUUGAUUGUGAAGAGCAGACCCUGGCCACCAUUGCAGAGAAGAUGGUCACUGAGAUGGUCAACAAGAAGGAGAUCAGGCCCGGAGACCAGGAGGGAGUGCUGAAGGCUCUGCUUCAAAACCGCAGCCAAUCAGAUGACCCAGAAAGCCAAGCUCUGACUAGUGGGAUGGACCUACAGAAGUUUUCAGUCAAGGAAAGGAGGGAUGAAUCUGACCGGGUUGAGGCCUCCAUGGUGCUAGUAGGAGCCUUGGACUUUCUGGAGAAGCCGACAGUUGUGUUUGUGCGUCUGAAGAAGGCAGCAGUGCUUGACUCUGCCUUGGAGGCCCCUGUGCCUGUGCGCUUCAUCUUCGCUCUGGUUGGCCCCAGCAAGACUGAUAUGGACUACCAUGAGACUGGUCGGGCAAUGGCAGCACUAAUGGCCGAUAAAGUGUUCAAUCAGACAGCGAUGCAGGCAAAGAGUCCCCGAGAGCUGACAGACAGUGUGGCCGACUUCAUGGACUGCAGCAUCGUCAUCCCGCCCACCGAGAUCCAGAACGAAGCCAUGCUCAGCUCCAUCAUCAGCUUUCAGAAGAAACUGCUACAGGGCAGGUUCCAGUCCUCUGAUCCUGCUCUCCGCCUGGAAACCAAACCUCGUAGGGGUGGGUCCUAUCAGUCCACGCUCGUAACUACAAACCAAGUAUUUGCUGGAAAACUUUCCUAUUAUCAAUGCAUAUUAUUAAAAUUAGAUUUAAAUUCUUUUCCCUUAGUUUCCAUCACUUCCGGGUCUACUCCUGAAGACCCUCUGGCCCGUACUGGUCGACCAUUUGGCGGGAUGAUUCGAGACAUAAAGAGACGCUACCAGUAUUACAAGAGUGACAUCACAGAUGCUCUCAAUGCCCAGGUCCUUGCUGCUAUUAUCUUCAUCUACUUUGCAGCCCUGUCUCCUGCCAUCACCUUUGGAGGGCUGCUGGCUGAUAAGGUGGAAAAUAUGAUGGGGGUUCCAGAGCUCCUUAUCUCCACCAGCAUCCAGGGGAUCAUCUUCUGCUUUGUUGCUGCUCAGCCUGUCCUGGUCAUUGGUUUCUCUGGUCCUCUGUUAGUGUUCGAGGAGGCUUUCUUUGCUUUCUGCAAGUCCCAGGAGAUUGAGUACAUUGUUGGGAGAGUGUGGGUCGGAGUGUGGCUGGUCAUCAUUGUAGUGGUCAUUGUGGCCUUUGAGGGCAGCUUCCUGGUACGCUUCAUCUCACGCUUCACCCAGGAAAUCUUCUCCAUCCUCAUCUCCCUCAUCUUCAUCUAUGAAACCUUUGCUAAGCUUGGGAGGAUCUUUAAGGCACAUCCGCUGAUUCUGAAUUAUGAUCACCUGAAUGCGACUCUGGAAAAUCCCUGGCACCCAAAGGUGGAGCAGACCAUCAUCUAUGACAAUACUACCGGCAAUACAACUGUUCUAGUCAACACUUUUAAGCCACCUUACCCCAACACAGCCCUGCUUUCCAUGUGCCUCAUGCUUGGCUGUUUCUUUAUUGCCUAUUUCCUGCGCCAAUUCAAGAAUGGGACAUUCCUUCCUGGAAAGGUGAGACGUUUGAUGGGUGAUUUUGGUGUCCCCAUCGCCAUUUUCCUCAUGAUUGUUGUGGACUACAAUAUUGAGGAUACUUACACUCAGAAACUAGUGGUUCCCAAAGGUCUGAUGGUGUCCAACCCAGCCAAAAGAGGGUGGCUCAUCAACCCCUUCGGAGAGCACAAGCCUUUCCCUGUGUGGGUGAUGUUUGCAUGCUGUGUUCCGGCCUUGCUUGUCUUCAUUCUCAUCUUUCUAGAGUCUCAAAUAACAACUCUGAUUGUCAGUAAACCUGAGAGGAAGAUGGUAAAGGGAUCCGGGUUCCACUUUGACUUGCUGCUCUUAGUUGGCAUGGGAGGACUCAGUGCAAUAUUUGGUGUGCCAUGGCUGAGCGCUGCUACAGUGCGAUCUGUCACCCAUGCCAAUGCCCUUACCGUCAUGAGCAAAGGACCAAAACCUGUGAUAGAGAAAGUGAUGGAGCAGAGGAUCAGUGGCAUUGUGGUGGCUUUGUUGGUUGGUCUGUCUAUUCUGAUGGAGCCAAUCCUAAAGAUGAUCCCCAUGUCGGCCUUGUUUGGGAUCUUCCUCUACAUGGGAGUCACGUCACUAAAUGGCAUCCAGUUGUGGGAUCGUAUGCUGCUUCUGCUCAUACCCAAGAAAUACCAUCCCGAUGAACCCUAUGCCACCAGAGUGAGCACAGGGAGAAUGCACUUGUUCACAGCCAUCCAGAUAGUGUGCCUUGCACUUCUCUGGACUGUGAAGUCCAGUCCAGUAUCCCUCGCACUUCCCUUCAUACUCAUCCUCACCAUUCCUCUGCGCAUGUUUAUGACCGGGCGUCUCUUCACUGAACUGGAAAUGAAAUGUUUGGAUGCUGAUGAUGCUAAAGUGACAUUCGAGGAGGAGCCAGGGCAAGAUGUAUACUGUGAAACUCAAAUGCCAUUGUAGAUGACUGCUGCCAGAAAUCUUUUAUUUUAACAAAAGGAUAUUUAUUUUAUAUGAAGCUCAAAUUAAUGUUUCAUCUACAGUAUCUAUGAGCACAAACAUGUUAUGUUUUUUUGAUGAAAAAUGCAGAUAUAGAUUCUAUCUUUGUUGUGUCAGUAUGGAUAACAUUAAUAUAUUGUAAUGGUAAAACAUACCUGAAGAAAACAGUCACUGCCUUAUACACAGCUGAAGCCAGAAAUAUUAAUAUAACACUGUUUUUACGGAAAAGGCCUUAUAUAUAUAUAUGUGUGUGUGUGUGUGUGUGUGUGUGUGUGUGUGUGUGUGUGUGUGUAUAGAUAGAUAGAUAUAUAUAGAUAUAGAUAUAGGCAUGCAUGAAAAAAAAAAAUUCAGUGAUGCCAACACUCCAAAAAUGGAAAGACUGAAUGCUGAGUGGAAUGUAUUGUAGUGUUAAAAGCCAAAUAGUAUGUUUUCCCAGGCAACUGCACAUUGAAUGUAAUUUUAUAACAUGGGCUUUAAGUUAUUGUCAUAUUCACUCACCUUGAUGUGUAAAAUAUCCAAACUCUGAAUUUAAUAAUUUGUGAUUUAUGACGUAAUAUUGAGAGCAAAGUGUAUGUAUUUUAACAGAAAUGAUCAAACUGGUAACAGUGGAAAGCUACAGGACAAAACCACUGUAUGGCAAUACAGGGAGAAAUAAAAAGUGGUUAACA